UAGAAGACACACGUAUUUUAUUUAUUUUGACAAAACUAACGAUUUUUCCGUUCUUUUUUGCAUAUAUAUCUCUAUUAAUUAGUGAAGUCAUCUUUUGAUUAUCUUCUAGAAGUGUUUUAUUCAUAAUAUAACUGAAAGAAGAUGUCUACUGUCGUGAGAAAGCGGAAUACAGAGAAAUCGGUCGAGCCGGUAGGUCCGACUGUAGCAGAAACUUUCAGCAGAGCACUCACAUCGGAGGCAAAGUGGACGGAUAAAGACGAGUUUCUUGAUGUUAUUUACUGGAUGAGACAGAUACUGGGUGUCUUACUGGGACUGGUCUGGGGCCUUCUUCCCCUGAAAGGCAUUCUUGGACUGGCUUUAUUCGUUGCAAUUAACGUCAUCAUAACAUAUGUGUACUUCACAAGUUUCCAAAAGGUUGAUGAGGAAGAGUACGGAGGCUUAUCAGAAAUACUUAAGGAAGGUCUCAUGACGUCAUUCUCAUCGUUUUUAGUCCUGUGGAUUUUAAUAUACUCUUCGCUGCAUGCGGAGACCUAGCCAGAAGACUUAUAGCGAAUUGUUACAAAUAAAUCUAUGUUAAUACAUACAUUUAUAAGUUAUAACCAGGAAUCAUGAAGCAAUUUGAUAUUUGGAUGCUUGUGCCAAGUGUCGGUGGAUGAAUUGUCACAAAACUUGAAUGCAUUAACUUAUCACUACUUUAUGUGGUUGAAAUAGACCAGCCAAAUAAACUGCUUAAAUAUAUUAAGGACUCACUGUAAUAGAUUACCAUUCAGAGUUACAUAGUGAAAUACUCAUUUUAACUCAUGAAACAAAAAUUGGAUGUCUAAACAAACAAAUAUCAUGAACAUGCCUAAUCUAUAAGUGUAGAGAAAUUUUGGACAUUGGAGUUUAGUAUAUAAUUCUAUGGACGCACUUAUUGGACGCUUAAGGGAUCCUUGAGCGAUGUAUUGUUAUGUUCUAAAUGUAUCAAUGUUGUUCCGGUAUGUUCUGUCUGCAUAUUAUCACAAAAUCAAUGUAUGUUUUAUCUGUAAAAUGCUUUAAUUUUACCUCUAGCAGAAUGCUGCAUUUUUUGUACAAUUAUGUCAAUAUUUAUUUUAUUGUUAGCAGCAGAACAUGUAUGAACUGCACACACACUCACAAAAUUAUUUAAAUAAAAAACAAAUGAUUUUGUUGACAGUUGACACUAGAAUAUAAUUCACUUUGUAAUAGAUUUACUGAUGUUUACAUUUUAAAGGUAUCUAAAGUUACAUGUAUUCUUGCUAUUAAUUUUAAAGUUGAAUUUGUAAGUUCACAGUAAAAGAAAGAAGUUUUAUGAAAUUGAAAUUGUUGUUAUAACCUAUCCGGUAAAGUGUUUCAGAUGUUCGAAACGCAUAUUUAUUUCAAGCUUUUGGAUUUAUUAAAAAAUAAUGGUGAUUUAUACUCUGAUAGACCCAUCGUUUGAAAUAGGUAGUUAAUGGAAAUAUCAUUCACAAUUUCAAUCUUUUAAGCCUGUGCCACUGCAAAAAUUAUUGUAAUCGCACACACCCAUGUCAAAUUAAUAAUUAUGAAGCUUCAUAAAAAGUGCAGCUUUUGGAAGCCGUUUAUUCACUUAAGCUGUGCUUUUUCUUCCAAGUUAAGAAAAAGCAGGGGGGUUUCAGAAAGCUUCGCAAAAUUUGCGCUUUUAAUGAAGCUUUAUUUUUAUUUGUCAUGAAUGCUCCGAAGAAAGAGUAAAAACGUCAUUCCUGGUACAUGUAUGACGUCAUUCCUGGUACAUGUAUGACGUCAUUCCUGGUACAUGUAUGACGUCAUUCCUGGUACAUGUAUGACGUCAUUCCUGGUACAUGUAUGACGUCAUUUGGCUAAAAGUCUAAUGAGAUAUCAACUAAUAAUUGAUUUUGAUCAAGAAUAAAAAUUAUUUAAAAAAUAAUUAAAUGAUAUUAUAUGGAAAAAAAAAAAUAAAACUCUUUAUUUCGGUGUAAGAUUACAAUAUAUUUCAUCUCGUAAAAUACAAAAUUAAAUAUGCCACUCUUAAAAUGCAACUUUAGGCAUUCAAUCUGUUAAAUAUAUUGCUAUCUUACACUGAAACAAACAAUUAUCCUCUAUGUACAUGUAUACAGCAAUGAUUUUAUAUUACACUUUGCCAAUAAAUUAUUUUACACUG